AUGGGAUACCCCACUCUAGCCUACACAAAUAAAUUUCGCUACCUGUCGCUCACAAUUCCCUUCAUCCUCCCUUCCUCUCAUCCGCCCUUCCUCUCGUCCGCCCUUCUCUCACAUCCUCUCUCCCUCUCUCCGCCCCUCCUAUCGUCCUCAUUUCCACUCGUCCUCCCUACCCUUCUUUCGCCACACGCCCUCAUCCGCCCUCCCCCUCAUCCGCCCUUCCCCUCGUCCGCCCUCCCUCUCAUCCACCCUUCUUCUCGUCCUCCCUCCUCCUCAUCCGCCCUCCCCCUCAACCGCCCUUCAUCUCAUCCUCCCUUCUCUCAUCCAACCUUCCUCUCAUCCCCCCUUCCUCUCAUCCUCCUUUCCUCUCAUCCUCCUUUCCUCUCAUCCGCCCUUCCUCUCAUCCACCCUUCCUCUCAUCCGCCCUUCACGCUCUCAUCCUCUCUCCUUCUCAUCGUCUCUCCCUCUCACCCUCCUUACCCUCGUCCACCCUUCUUCGCGUCCUCCCUCCCCCUCAUCCGCCCUUCAUCUCAUCCUCCAUUCCCCUCAUCCGCCCUUCAUCUCAUCCUCCCUUCCCCACAUCCGCCCUUCAUCUCAUCCUCUGUUCCCCUCGUCCUCCCCUCCUCUCAUCCUCCUUUCCUCUCAUCCUCCUUUCCUGUCAUCCUCCCAUCCCCACAUCCGCCCUUCCUCUCAUCCGCCCUUCUCUUUCCUCCUCUCUCCUUCUCAUUCUCCCAUUCUCUCAUACUCCCUUUCUCUCAUCCUCCCUUCCUCUCCCCUGCCAUUCCACUCGUCCCCCCUUCCUCUCAUCCAACCUUUCCUCCCAUCCUCCUUUCCUCUCAUCCGCCCUUCCUCUCAUCCGCCCUUCACGCUCUCAUCCUCCCUCCUCCUCAUCGUCUCUCCCUCUCAUCCUCCUUUCUCUCAUCCACCCUUCUUCAGAUCCUCCCUCCAUCUCAUCCGCCACCCCCCUCAUCCGCCCUUCAUCUCAUCCCCCCUUCCCCACAACCGCCCUUCAUCUCAUCCUCUGUUCCCCUCGUCCUCCCUUCCUCUCAUCCCCCCCUCCUCUCAUCCUCCUUUCCUCUCAUCCACCCUUCCUCUCAUCCGCCCUUCCUCUCAUCCGCCCUUCUCUUUCAUCCUCUCUCCUUCUCAUUCUCCCUUUCUCUCAUACUCCCUUUCUCUCACGCUCCCUUCCGCUCCCCUUCCAUUCCUCUCAUCCCCCCUUCCUCUCAUCCUCCUUUCCUCUCAUCCUCCUUUCCUCUCAUCCGCCCUUCCUCUCAUCCGCCCUUCACGCUCUCAUCCUCUCUCCUUCUCAUCGUCUGUCCCUCUCAUCCUCCUUUCUCUCAUCCACCCUUCUUCUCGUCCUCCCUCCCCAUCAUCCGCCCUCCCCCACAACCGCCCUUCAUCUCAUCCUCUGUUCCCCUCGUCCUCCCUUCCUCUCAUCCCCCCCUCCUCUCAUCAUCCUUUCCUCUCAUCCUCCUUUCCUCUCAUCCACCCUUCCUCUCAUCCACCCUUCCUCUCAUCCGCCCUUCCUCCCAUCCGCCCUUCCUCUCAUCCGCCCUUCUCUCUCAUCCGCCCUUCUUCUCAUUCUCCCUUUCUCUCAUCCUCCCUUCCUCUCCUCUUCCAUUCCUCUCAUCCCCCCUUCCUCUCGUCCUCCUUCCCUCUCAUCCUUCCUUCCUCUCCUCCUCCCUUCCCUCUCAUCCCCCCUUCCUCUCAUCCUCCUUUCCUCUCAUCCUCCUUUCCUCUCAUGUGGCCGUGUUGUGGGGAGGUUGUGGUGGUGGUGGUGGUGGUAGUGGUGGUGGGGGUGGUGGUGGUGGUGGGGGUGGUGGUGGUGGUGGUGGUGGUGGUGGUGGUGGUGGUGGUGGUGGUGGUGGUGGUGGUGGUGGUGGUGGUGGUGGUGGUGGUGGUGGUGGUGGUGGUGGUGGUGGUGGUGGUGGUGGUGGUGGUGGUGGUGGUGGGGGUGGUGGGGGUGGUGGUGGGAGGUGCAAGAAGAUCAAGCAGCUGGAGAUUGAGGCCACAGUGGCCCCAACGGAGAGCAUGCUGCAUAUCUGUGAAGAGAGUGGCCAAGACCUCACACGGGAGAUCCGCAAGGGCAAGGGCAAGCAGCGUUGGACAUCAGCCAAGUCACCAUCAGCCGCAUUCAUCACUGCACCUACACGUGUUCACGUGCAACUCUAA